GUGUGUUGUGGACUCGUGGUGCUGGCUGCCGCUGUUGAGGCGGCCUGGAACGGGCUGUGGGAAGCGGGCGGAGCUGGCCCUGCUUCUGCCUGGCCAGCGCCGCAGGCGGCGCGGGCCGUGCCCGUUGCCGUCAACUGCCCCGAGCGCCUGCUGAGGUCGAGGGAGACGUCGGGGCCUGCACCUGGAGAGAGCCUGCCGCGCUGGCCCGGAGGAGGGGGCGUUGCCAUGGCGACAGCCUCUCCGGCAGCUGACGGGGGGCGGGGGCGGCCCUGGGAAGGAGGGCUGGUCUCCUGGCCCCCUGCCCCUCCCCUUACUCUUCCCUGGACCUGGAUGGGCCCGAGCUGGGGGCAACACCCUGGGCACUGGGCCUUUCCAGCUCUCACAGACCCUUCAGCGUCUCCAGCUGCCAGUCUUGGCAUCUUCGAAGUAAGGAGAGUUUUAGAUGCCUCUGGAUGCUCAAUGCUAGCACCUUUACAGACUGGAGCAGCUCGGUUUUCUUCGUAUUUACUUUCAAGAGCAAGAAAAGUACUGGGCUCCCACUUGUUUUCUCCCUGUGGUGUUCCGGAGUUCUGUUCCAUAUCUACCAGAAAGCUGGCGGCCCACGGCUUUGGCGCGUCAAUGGCGGCAAUGGUGCCCUUCCCUCCCCAGAGGUAUCACUACUUUUUAGUGCUGGACUUUGAGGCCACAUGCGACAAGCCACAGAUUCAUCCUCAGGAAAUCAUUGAGUUCCCCAUCCUGAAGCUAAAUGGCCGGACCAUGGAGAUCGAGUCUACCUUUCACAUGUAUGUCCAGCCUGUAGUCCACCCACAGCUUACCCCCUUCUGUACAGAGCUCACCGGGAUCAUUCAAGCCAUGGUGGAUGGCCAGCCAAGCCUGCAGCAAGUACUGGAGAGGGUCGAUGAGUGGAUGGCGAAGGAAGGCCUCUUAGAUCCAAACGUCAAGUCAAUUUUUGUCACCUGUGGAGACUGGGACUUGAAAGUCAUGCUUCCAGGCCAGUGCCAUUAUUUAGGCUUGCCAGUGGCGGAUUACUUCAAGCAGUGGAUUAAUCUGAAAAAGGCUUACAGCUUCGCCAUGGGCUGCUGGCCCAAGAAUGGACUACUAGACAUGAACAAGGGCCUCAGCCUGCAACACAUAGGCCGGCCCCACAGCGGCAUUGAUGACUGCAAGAACAUUGCCAACAUCAUGAAGACGCUGGCAUACCGAGGCUUCAUCUUCAAGCAGACAUCAAAGCCCUUCUGAUUGGCAGAGGACAGGAUGGGGCAGGACAGGGUAGCUGCUUGGCCCAAACCAGAAUCCUCCUCUCCCUCACUAGAGGGAAAAGGGAGAGUGGCACAGCUCUGCGCCCCAGAGUGUCCCCAGCUGCCCUACGGGCUUGUGCCCUGUGUGAGGGCUUGGCCACUUGGCCCCUCUGGAGCAGACACUUUGUGCCCUAACCCCACUCCCAGUCCCCAGUCUCAGCCCAGUAUUAGCCCCUGCCAUUAUGGGCCUGGGCUAGGGGGAACACAGGUACUCACUGCCUUCUCCCUGGUACACAGGCUUCUGCUGGGGCCACCAAGCCCCCCCUGUGCCCCCUCCUAUCCAUAGUGCAUGGUGUGUGGUGCCCCUGGGGCUCCAGGACAGAUCAGGCCCUACCUUGUGUCCACCCCCACCCCUGCUGUGAACGUGCCACUGAAUAAAGUCGGGGAAUCAAG